AUGAAUAAUACUUUUCAAAAUGAAAAUUUCAAAGAAGACAACUAUAUUAAGGCCUGGAUUAAGCAGUCGGAAAACCCGGAACUUUAUAAAAACUGGAACGACAUAGAAGAACAGAGUUAUCCGAACGAACUGGUGAAGGUUGUUGACUUUAACAAUUUCAAUAGCAAUCUUAUAAACACAAUUAUGUCUGAACAUUCUGUUGAAAUGUCCCAAAAAAAAAAAAAAAGGAAAGCCUACAGUUUAUUUUAUAGUAAUGAAAUAAACCCUGAAAAUAAUAACCACUCGUGUAAUGAAGAGUACCCGAAUUAUUACCAUAAUUGUAUGUAUCCAUCAUGCGAUGACAGUGACGUAAAAUACUUUUCCUCGUUGGAUAAAACUCCAGUGGGAGGAAGCAUGGCUGAUAGGCCCAAGUUACAAUUGAAGGAAGAAAAAAAACGUAUGUCCAUUAAAAAAAUGAAAAGGGAAAAUAUUUGUACAGAAAAUAAUUAUAACGAUAUGACGAUGUGUGGAAAUUUUGUAAACUCCUCUCCACUUAUAAAAUUAAAAGAAUUUACAAAGCCAAGUUAUGGAAGUGAAAGCACAAGUGAAUUUUUUAAUAAUUACGACUUUGAAACGCCAAUUAAAAUCCUCAGCUCAAGGAAAAAAUCCUAUGAUUAUAAAAAUAAAAAAGAUAAUAGUACUACAAACACGACCAAGGAAAACUCCUCGCAGGAAAAUGCCUCAUCCAAUAAUAGCGAAACUAAGAGGACCAUCAAUUUUUCCAAUAAGACAGACGAUUUUAACGACCUGCAUUACAACUCCGAUAACGAUUACUUGACAUCUUCCGAAUAUGUGGACGACGAUGACUCAUCCAGGUGCUCGAACAAGAAACAGAGUGAAGUGAACUUCCUCGGACAGCCAUUGGAAUACAAGGUCGUCGGCAACGUCAUAAAUAUUUCAAAGGACCACCCGCAUUUUACUAUGUUGUGA